CUCCACCUUUGUUAAAUUGACACUCCGCUCUCUGGUAGACUAUUGGUCAAAGAAUGCCCCCUGUGGACAUAGCUGUAUUUCAUAACUGGGUAACACACAUCAUUUGGAUGCCGGAGGACAGUCAUUGGUGAGUCAAACUGUCUGCAAAAACGUCAGGAGAUUAUCGGCGCGCAGCUGGAAUGCAAGGUUGAUUCACAAAGAAGAGUGAGGAGGUAGAGAGACAACGCCGAAGACACCACAGUCGGACCGAAUCACACCGCACAGCCAUGAAGGGGGAGCAUUUAUUUUCCAACCUGAAAAACGCCACAUUCUACCAGCGGGUCUACCUACUGGGGGGUGAGGAGCUGCUGGUACUGCAAAGCACUGUGGGACAUCCCGCGCUGGGCGACAGCUUCCACCAGAUCACCGACUUUAACGACCUGCCCACCUCCCUUUUCGCCUGCAACGUGGACCAGUCUGUGUUUGAGGAUCAGGAGGGCAAGGAGAUGUUCGAGGCCCUGUUCCUGGCCUACGAUGAGCGGGUGACGUUUCAGCUGUUCAAGAGCUUCCGGCGUGUCCGCAUCAACUUCAGCAACCCCAAAGCAGCCGCCAGCGCCAGGAUAGAGCUGCACGAAACGCCCUUCAGAGGCAAGAAGCUCAAACUCUACUUUGCCCAGGUCCAGAACCCAGUAUCAGAUGGUGAUAACCUGCACCUGGCACCUCCCCAGCCCUCUAAACAGUUCCUCAUCUCCCCUCCCGGCUCGCCGCCCAUUGGCUGGCAGCAGAUAGACGAGACCACGCCCGUCAUCAACUACGACCUGCUCUAUGCUGUGGCCAAGCUGGGCCCCGGAGAGAAGUUUGAGCUGCAUGCUGGAACAGAGUCCACCCCCAGUGUUGUUGUCCACGUCUGCGACAGCGACACAGAGGAAGUGGAGGAACCAAAGAAUUGCCCCAAACCAAAAAUCAUCCAGACCCGGCGCCCUGACCUUCCUACUUCUCACUGAACUCUGUCCCCCUUCCACUUCCUGCCGUAACAUCGUCAUCUGGAGGAAGGAGAAUCGAUCCCCUGUCUCUCUCUCACAGGAACAAUCCCCGUGUUCAGCACUCCCCACCCUACGGCCGCCUCGCCCGGGCCAGAAGGGGAGUGCUCUCUGUUACUCAUCCUCGUCGACAUACAGCCGUUGAUGUGCUACAUGUAUGAUUGUGUUGGCAAUACUCCAUACUUACAUCAAGAUUCAGCCACCAUACCCUCAGUGAUUGGUUCCUGUCUGUAUGAUUCUGUUGUUGUAAUGUCACACAGUUUGCAGGGAUGGGGCAGCACCUUGCUUUGAGCUCGGCCUCUGAUUGGCUUAGGGGUUGUGGCGAAUGCCAGUGUAAAGAAGCCCAUUGGUCGCCUUUAUAGACGUGUGUUAGCAUUGCUCUCGCUCCACUGCGUAUGUACCACAAGCACUGACGAUGAAUAGCGCUUCUCUCAUUAGGGCAUGCUAGCUACUGAGGUGGUGGGAUGACUCUGGUGCUGAGUUGAAGUAACCUGAAGGAGCAUUAUGGUAAAUGAUCAAUACUUUGUCUUAUAGUCCCCUUAAAGUUGGGUUAUUCAUCGUGUUAUCAGUGUUGUCUGUCGACCUUGGGAAUUCUUUCAAUCUCGCCAAUGCAUGCACUGGUCUGAUCUAGUUUGUGUGUUUACUUUGUUCCGUUUCCUGUAUGUAGCUGUCAAUUUGACCUCUCUUCUCUCUUCGCUAACUUCUCUCUUUUAUCUCCCUGUGUUUUCUGGCUACCGGUGUCCUUCUCAGAAAACAAGGCGAAUAACAGGUACAAUCCAUGCACCUUACAGGGAAAGCAUUAUGUACAAUGACAUUUCUGGGAUUGUUCCUCAGUGUGAAUUGUUCUGUGUCCAUGUCUUGUCCCUGAAAGUCUGUUUAAAGAAAAAGGAGUAUAAGAAAACUAAACAUAACAAAGAAAAAAGGGAAUGCCUGGUGGCCACCUUUUCCUCAUUGGCUGAAAUGGAGAGCCAAUCAUAUAUCAUCACGUGAAGCCAGUCUAUAAAGUGCAUGGUUACGUUUUUCUAGAGAUAUUGUGUUGUCUGAGAACCGUGGCUCAGUCAUGGGAUUUCCCCGUGUUUCCUUUAUGUGCCUCUGUAGGGAGCGAGAAAGAAAUGUAUUCAAACUCACCACGAAGAAAAUAAAUGCAUGAUGACGAUCCUGAGAGGAAAAAAAAUAAUGUUAUUAUAGAGUUAUGUUACACAAAUCUUCCAAGUGCUAUUACACAGUUUCUGUGGAGAUGGUCAAGGGGAAUGACAUACUGUACUCACACACACAACCAUGUUUGUUUUCCUUUAUUGUGCGUUUUGCUUUUCCUGUGUUGGUUCAAUGAGUGUCUUCUUGGUGUGCCUGAUUUAACUCAUAGGCAGUAGAACAAGCCCUGUACAAAUUGGACCUCCCUGUCUAUUUGUGGAGAACUGGCGUUGUGAUCAAUUUUCUAUUGUCCAAACUAUUGACCCUUCCUGUUUCAGACAUUGCACCUACACUCUGAUUCUACAUUACUGUGAGCCACUGAUUCAACCCUGGGUGCUUUUAUACACUAAACCCUCACUGUAACCCCUCACUGUAACCCCUCACUGUAACCCCUCACUCUAAACCCUCACUGUAACCCCUCACUGUAACCCCUCACUCUAAACCCUCACUGUAACCCCUCACUGUAACCCCUCACUCUAAACCCUCACUGUAACCCCUCACUCUAAACCCUCACUGUAACCCCUCACUGUAACCCCUCACUGUAACCCCUCACUGUAAACUCUCACUGUAACCCCUCACUCUAAACCCUCACUGUAACCCCUCACCGUAACCCCUCACUGUACAUCAUUCCAAUCCCCAUCUCUGAUAACGAUGGCUCAAAUGAUCAGAUUUGAUAACCCAGUUCAAAGUGCACUGAAAUUAUUUUUUUAUUCCAACCAGCUCCAGUAGGUUGUAGUUUAAUUCCAACCAGCUCCAGUAGGUUGUAGUUUAAUUCCAACCAGCUCCAGUAGGUUGUAGUUUUAUUCCAACCAGCUCCAGUAGGUUGUAGUUUAAUUCCAACCAGCUCCAGUAGGUUGUAGUUUAAUUCCAACCAGCUCCAGUAGGUUGUAGUUUAAUUCCAACCAGCUCCAGUAGGUUGUAGUUUAAUUCCAACCAGCUCCAGUAGGUUGUAGUUUUAUUCCAACCAGCUCCAGUAGGUUGUAGUUUUAUUCCAACCAGCUCCAGUAGGUUGUAGUUUUAUUCCAACCAGCUCCAGUAGGUUGUAGUUUAAUUCCAACCAGCUCCAGUAGGUUGUAGUUUAAUUCCAACCAGCUCCAGUAGGUUGUAGUUUUAUUCCAACCAGCUCCAGUAGGUUGUAGUUUAAUUCCAACCAGCUCCAGUAGGUUGUAGUUUAAUUCCAACCAGCUCCAGUAGGUUGUAGUUUAAUUCCAACCAGCUCCAGUAGGUUGUAGUUUAAUUCCAACCAGUUCUAGUAGGUUGUAGUUUAAUUCCAACCAUCUCCAGUAGGUUGUAGUUUAAUUCCAACCAUCUCCAGUAGGUUGUAGUUUUAUUUUACCUGCAAUAUUUUCCUAUCUGUUAUUUUAUAACAUUUACAGUCAAUCUAAUUGAUAUUUUAAGCAGAUCAAAUGAUGUUGGUAAUAAUGAGCCACUAUCCUUGUGGAAGUCAUAGACUUCAAAUGAAAUUGAAUACAGGCCCGCUCCUAGAAACACCAGGUUUGAAUCAUGUAUUGUAAAUGGUGCAUAUCAAAUGUUUACAAUAGAGUAUUCCUCUUCCUUGUUUUAUUUCAUACAUGCUGGCUUUAAGACACUGUUCCCUCACUAUAUGGUCAGAUGAACCAGACACAACACAUGCCACUGUCCCAAGUAUGUACUACAGCCACCAUUACUACCCUCAAUGAGGUGACUUGUAUACAUGCAAUGGUUUUUGUUCUGGACUUUGGUGUCUUUCGCCUAGACCUCGGAUCUGUUGAAUCUGCGCUACAAUCUUGUCCUGCGGUCAUAUUCCUCCAAACGUAAACACAAUAGACACUAUGUACCUGUGUAUGAUUCAACAUGUCCCGAUAUUUGUAGUUUAUUUUCAAAUUAAAAUCAUUAUAUUAUUAUCUGUUUCUUCUAAGAGUCAGUUGGAUUGGAAGGGAAUAUCAGUGAUGGAGGUAACCAAUAUGUGUAUUGUGUAAAAAUAGUGUAUGACCAUCAAUGUACUUGUCAUUCUACAUGUAACGUUACAACAACCUGCCUGCAUACACUAAGGAGACAUAUCUGUAUAUAUUAAUCAAUACUAUUUUUACUGCAUUUUUGUACAAAUAUUCAUGGUAGCCAUGUACAAGUAGUUCAAAUGAUUCUAUGGUAGUAUUAAAAUAGUUUGGUUUUAA